GCUAACCGGAAGUAAAAAUAAUUCUGGGGAAUAUUUCUUCCUUCUUCUUUUUUUAACAAAUUGCUCACAACUUACGACUUACAAAAGUAUGAAUCACUGUUAGGAAUAUAGUUGGAUUAUAUCUCGUUCGACAGAAGCUUAGAUGGGACCUAAAUAAAAAGAAUAUCAGCAAUUAUCCGUCUAAAUGUAAAGACUAGUGAACAACACUAUUAGAAGCAGUAAUCUCUGCAACAUUCGAAGCCAUAUAACAAGCUUAUGAUACUGUGAACCUACUAAGAAUACAGAUAUCAACAGUUACAGCCAUCUCUAACAAUGGCAUCGAUAGUUGACUCAGACAAUGAUGGAGUUGAGUUCGCCACACCUACUACAUCUGUUAACUCAAGCCCCAACCACAAGUGCAGUCUGCGUGAUGAUGAGAUACCUAAUGUACAUCCGUCAAAAUUUAGACAAAGCAUCAGCAAUGAGGAGCGGUAUAUGCAUAAUCAAGGAAGGAGCAGAUCCCUCUAUGGUGCAAGCCCCAACUGCUACUUUGGACCAAAAGGUCGCAUUAUGAAGAACUCUGCAAAUACACUCACUAUUCAGGACCCAGGGAGUCAGAGACUUACCUGGUAUAAUGUACCCAAGACGACCCUCAUCAUUAAGAAGAUAUUUGACGACACAGUAUGGCAACCAUUUAAGGAUAUUGCCACAUGGCUUGUUAAGGAGAAGAAUAUGACUGUCUAUGUCGAGGAGAAAGUGAUGGAAGAACCCAAUGUUAUUAAUGACAAUGAAUUCAGAGCUCUGGCUAACCAACUCAGCACCUUCCAAGAAGGCAAAGAAGAUCUGACGGACAAAAUAGAUUUCAUCAUCUGUCUUGGAGGAGAUGGUACCUUACUCUACGCAUCUUCAUUAUUCCAGCAAAGUGUUCCUCCAGUGAUGGCAUUCCACCUUGGUUCUCUGGGGUUCCUCACCCCCCACCAGUUCACAAUGUUCAGGGAACAAAUCACUCAGGUUCUUGAAGGCAAUGCAGCCCUGACCUUAAGGAGCCGUCUGAAGUGUGUAGUACAUAAACUAGCCAUUGAUGGACCAGAUAUGUUUGAGCGAGAGAAAUCACCUGAGACUCAUCACCACCAUCAUACAAGCAAGAAACACAUUAUGGUUCUCAAUGAGGUUGUAGUAGAUAGAGGACCCUGCCCCUACCUCUGUAAUGUUGACCUCUACAUGGAUGGACGUCAUGUCACAUCAGUACAGGGUGAUGGUUUAAUCAUCUCCACACCUACUGGAAGUACCGCAUAUGCAGCAGCUGCAGGGGCCUCCAUGAUCCACCCUAAUGUACCAGCCAUCCUCAUCUGCCCCAUAUGUCCACAUUCCCUCUCAUUCAGACCCAUUGUAGUCCCUGCGGGUGUAGAGGUCAAGAUUAUGGUAAACCCAGAUGCUAGGAACAGUGCAUGGGUCUCAUUUGAUGGCAGAAAUAGACAGGAAAUCACCUCAGGGGACUGUGUGCGAAUCACAACUUCAAUCUACCCAGUACCAUCAAUAUGCAGUCAGGAUCAGAUUCGUGAUUGGUUCGAUAGUUUAGCGGAAUGCCUCCAUUGGAAUGUACGACGGCAACAGAACUCAUUCAGUCGGACCUCAACUAGCACAUAUAGCUUGGAAUCUUUAGACUUAUCCAAUAACGGUGACUCUGAUAGUCCGACAGAUAGCAAUACUUUUAGUCCUGGAUUUAGUACAUCUAGGUAACAAUAGAUGGCAUCUCACAACUUACAGGGUGGUAAAAUGCAAUUGUACAAUAUCGAUAUAACAUUAAUAUUAUUUUUUAAAUAAUUGGUGCAGUUUCUGUUAAAUGUUAAUGUUGUUUUUAACACUCUGUUAUUCAUACAAUAUGUAUACAUUGUAGUUGUAUGUUCAGUUCACAUCAUUGUUAAAAGAUUUUGAGUUGAGGACCCCACAUGUGUGUCAUUUACAGGGGUGAUUUCCUAAUUGUUUCAUUGGAACUGUGGGCGUUAUUUUAUUUUACGUACUUGUACUUUUAAGAACAUUGAAAUAUUACCUAAGCCUGGGUUACCAACAAACUGUAUUCCUUUCAGGCUUGUUAGCUUGGCCAGUAUUUCAAAAAUCUGAAUUAUUGUACAUCAUCAAGCAAAUUUUUAUUUUUAAAAUUUAUUUCUUCACAAUAUUUCAUCUUGAUUUUUCAAUUCUCGACAUGGUGCAAGCCCCAAGUUUUUUUAUUACUUUGGAAAUGUUUAUGUUACUAAGUGGCAAUAAAGCUGUUGAUAAAAAGUGCACAUAACACUGCCGGUGUACUAAUUUAUUAAAUAUCAUAAUGAUGUGAAAUGAGUUUGGGAUAUCUUGGUUAGGAGGCUAAGAAUAUGAACCCAACUAAAAAUGCUUUAAUUUCUCCAAAGAUGGAGAAAAUGAAAUAUCACCUUGUACAGUAAAGAAGAUGAUUUUAUCUUUAUGUUUAGAUAUGGGUUAAUCUUAGUCAGUCAUGCAAGAAAUAAGUUCACUAAGUGAAUAGUAUGAGGUUGAUUAAUUACUGAUCCUGAAGACUAACGCACAAAAUCAAAAUUUUUUUAAUAUAUUUAUAAUGCUUUUGUAACACGGUGCAGUAUAUAGAUCGCCUUAGAUACCAAUUGUAAAUACAUUGAUAGAUGUCUGUUUUACAGUGUGUCCCAAAAGUAAAAAUGUCUCAGCACAACAAACUUUCAGCACAAUAUAUCAAGAACUAAUUCGUAUAGCAAGUUUGACAAUUUAAGAGUGUGAAGUGUUUGUCAUUGGCAGCCAUGGCAGCUGAGUUUUGAACCCUGUUGCAGUCUUACUUUUUGUACACUCUGUAUUACAUAAACAUCACAUAUUAUGUAAUUUGUAUAAAGCAAUUUAUUCUGGAGAAUCAGGGAAAACAUAAUUAUAUUGACAUUCAUAAUGAAUGAUAGAUAUGUUAAAUGCAAAUUAAGCAGAAUACUUGAAAAGUGCAAAUAGAUGGCACUCACUUCAGUUUUGCUUUUACAGCAUGAAAAAACGUGAUUGUUAGCCUUUUGUACUCCACCUUUGCUAGUGCUAAUUUAAUACCCAUCGUGAUGUGUUGUUUGAGAAGAAUAAAAUACUCAAGCGAAAUCGGGUUUGUUAUAAUGUGUACUGUAUAGUCCAAUAAAAUUUAUUUGUGAUUUUAGAUGUAAUUUUAUGGAGAAUGCCAAAAUAAUAUUUUCUGUACUUUAAUUUCGUCCCAAGUUUAAAACAUACCCUGGGUUCACUAAUGAUGUUGUGGUGCCUGUAUAGAUAAAUAAUAACAAAUCCAGGGAACCUUGAUGACUGAUGACUCUUCUUCCAUUAGUCUUUACAUAUUAAACAUAUUUCUAGACUUGGUGCAAGGACUGGGACUGGCUAAAUUUAUACAAAAGUACAGAUUAUAUUAUUUUGCCAUUUCAUUUUAUGUCCAUGAUUAAUUUUUUGUAAAUAUUGUAAUACUAUGAUAUAAUACAUGAAAUGUAAUAAUACAAUAAAAUUAAUUUUAUUGUAAAUAUAAUACAAUACAAAGUUGCUUUUUUAAGUUUUAUUACAGGGCAAGUAAAUGGUCUUUACACAUACUGUAACAUAGUCAUGCCAUUAGAAUUUUCAUUUCCUAAUAAUUAAGGAUAUACAUAUACUUGUAUAAGUAAUUCCAUCUGGUGGCCCUGUCCUGUUGAGAUACAAUGCUCAGAAAAACCUUAGUCUCACAGAUAUUAAAUCCUGUUACUAAAAUCUCCAAACAAAACUGAAAUCAAUAUCAUCCAAAGACUUCUAAUUUGUACACAUGUCAAUGUGAGCACUUUUUCAAUCUUCCAUUGAGUGAACUCAUGAAAUAUGAACACCUGCUAACCCAAACACUUGACCGGUCCCAGUGGUGUUCGGAUUA